ACGCUUUCCCGGAGGAUAUCAAUAUAUACUCAGUACACGUCUUGGCGGACGUUUCCUAACUCUCAUAGUGGCUUUGUAUAAAUAUUUGACGUAAUUUGGCAGAGGGCGUUGGUUGGAUUCGCGCUUUCUCUUUCUUACGCCAUGACAUCGAAACGGGCACGGACACCACCCAUUUCGUCGUCCUCGCGAACGCCAUCUCCAGAACCUACUCCCAAAGCUAUUCGAAUAGCCUCAUUACCCAAAGAUAUCCCUCUAAGUCGUCCUCUUUUUUGCACCCUACCUCCCACAUGCAAUCCUCCCCACAGGCCAACGUCCCUGGCAAACUCCAAGGAGUUGGAAACUCAUUAUGCUACUCAUCAUGCUCAUGUCUGUGAGGAGAGAGGCUGUAAAUGCGUCUUUCCAGAAGCUAGGUUGUUAGAACUACAUCAGACUGAAUGUCACGAUCCGAUUGCAGCCGUCCGCAAAGACAGAGGAGAAAAGAUCUUUGCAUGCCACCUAGCCACCUGCCCUCGUUUGUUUGCAACCCCAAAAUCGCGUCGUUUACAUCUCAUCGAGGCUCAUGGAUACCCCAAGGAAUACUUUUUCGCCGUGACAAACAAGGGUGUAGGAGGUUUGUUGAGGAAGUGGGGCGAAGGUGCGAGUAUGCUUCGUGGUCAAUGGAGGCCCAGGCACGAAGCAGAUGAAGACGAUGACGGCGAUAACCGCAGCGAUGUUGAGGAUGAUCGAAAGGGAGGCAGCGAGCAGGCUGAUACACUGCCUGGUGCAUCAUCCGAUUCGCAGAUUCCUUUGGUCAUUGAAGACGAUUACGAACCCAUCCCAGCACCAAAUGACACCGUUGAUACAAUCACUAAUGCUAUGGACUCUCUAAACCUUGUUCCUUCGACAAUUCAAUUUGGCCGUGGUGCAAAACGAGGAGGUUUCUCUGCUCACGGUCGACAUGGCCAUAUACAUAUGGACAUUGAUUCGGAAUCAGGCAAACUUCCUGCACGAGGUGGUUAUAGGGGUCGUGGAAGGGGAAGGGCUUCCGCACAAAAUGUUUCGCUGCUGCCCUCUGUUCCACAAAAUCACCAUAUACCCGUACAACCUUCCGGUCAUGCACGAGGAUUAGGUGGCGGCCAUAGAUCCGGAUUUCCGAGAAGGGGUAGAGCGAUUGGACGAAUGGUUGCAGCUCGAAGAGAUUGGAAUGGAAAAGGCUUAUAGCACCGGCGCAAUGAUGAUGACGGAUGCCUUCUGUUUUAUACCCGCAAUCGUAACGACGAUUGUCUUUGAUAUCUCGCUCGAACAUGUUGCUGAUCUUCUCUGCAAUGUAGCAUAGCAAUGAAUCCUGUAUGUGUAUGCUCUGUUUACAAUGUGUUGUAUGUUCUGUUGAUUGGUUGUUUUGAAUAGGUUGAUGUAUUCGCUUUGUAUACCUUUGAUCGUCGCAUUCUCUAUAGUUGCUAAGGCACCCUCACUUUGAAGACUGUCUUGCAAUAACUCGACAUGAUCCUCUUGCAUAGUCAUGCGGUGUUGUCUCUUUCAACGAAACUGUUCCGGGCCGCAUUGUGUUCCGUUGCGUCCCUCGUGAUGGGAACUAUUUCAGUCUUGAAUUCCUCUUGAGAAAUUCUUGGAGCUUC